AUGGGCGUGGACGCAAAACAAGAAGCAUCUUCUAACGAUGAAAAUCGACCUGUGAAUGUGUCUCCCAACACAGUAACCAGUAGUGGUUUCAAUGGACGGAAUUCCGUGGAUGAUCGUGGUCGUUGUGACCCGCUAGAUAUUGCGAAGACUACUCCUAAAUUGAACUCCGAAGAUUCACAGCCCAAUUGCUCAAUGAAGCCCGUGCCUACUGAAAUUGUCUCUAAGAAGCCAUGUGAAGUGGAAAUGCAUGGAUGUGGAAAGGCUAAUGUGCCAAAUUCCUCUGCAGAAGAUAAUAGCAAUCAGAGGUUGAUGUCUUUACAAGAGUACCUUCAGAAGUCUGCUGAAGAUGCUGAUGGUAAAGAAGGAAACCAAAGGAUGAGCAUGAAGAGAAAGCGCCCAUUGGACAAUGAGAAAGUUCUGGAGAAUAGAGAGAUAGCAUAUGAUGGGAGUCUUGUUGGUUCCAAGGUCAAAGUUUGGUGCCCAUUGAAUAGUGUAUUUUAUGAAGGUGUAAUAGAAUCCUUCGAUGAUGUUAAAAAGAAGCACAAGGUUUUAUACACUAGAGGAGAUGAAGAAGAACUGAAUCUUAAGAAGGAACAAUGGGAAAUUGACUUCGACAAAUCUUCUAACACUUUUUGCAUUGCCACUUAA